AUGCUCGUCUCGCUCUGCGCUGUGUCGCACUCGCCUCUCCCCUGCACGCUUGGACUCUCUCGGGCCUCCCAGCGCACCCCUCUCGCACAUUCCCAUUUCUCUACCUCACAGGCCCUCCAUCUCCGCCGUUCCUCCGCACCCUUGCAUCCGCGCAAGUCACUAUCGCAUUUGCCUCUUCGCAGACACUCUCCCGCCAUGCAAGUCGUACAGUCGCAGCAGGGCGACGCGACGGUCGUCGUCAGGCCGUCGCUGCCGUCGCUGCAGGAGUUCCUAAUGGAGUCCAUUGCGACGGCCGGCGACGACGGCAGCGGGAAGGGCGCGAGCGAGGGAGGCGUCGACAGCGAUCUGGUGCUGCUGCUUUUGACGCUGCACGACGCGAUGAAGCGCAUCGCGGUCACCGUGAGCCGCCUCAACAUCGAAACCGCCAUGGGAGCGAGGCUGAGCGGCGUCAGCGGCAGCAAGAACGAGUCGGGCGACGCGCAGAAACCGCUCGACAUUGUGUCGAAUGACAUCAUCAAGGCGACGCUGGCAGCAUCGCGGCUGGUGUCAGUAGCGGCAUCAGAGGAGGACAACGACGUGGUGGAGCUGACUCCUGGCGCGCCGUACGCAGCCGUGUUCGACCCACUGGACGGCAGCAGGAACAUCGACGCUGGCAUCCCCACCGGCACCAUCUGGGGCCUCUACCGCUCCCCGCCUGCUGCCGCUGCUGCUGCUGCUGCUGCUGCUGCUGCUGCUGCUGCUGCUGCUGCUGCUGCUGCUGCUGCUGACGCUUCUGCUGCUUCCUCUGCGGCUGCUGCGGUGCUGCAGCCGGGGCGCGCGCUGGUGGCGAGUGGGUAUGUGCUGUACUCGUCUGCGGUGGUGGCGGUGCUGACGGUGGGGCAAGGCACGCACGCGUUCACGCUGGAUGAGAGCACGGGCGAGUGGCUGCUCACUGCCCGUGACAUGCGCAUUCCCACCCGAGGCCAAAUCUACUCGGUGAACGACGCGCGCUACUUUGACUGGCCGGCCGGCCUGCGGCGCUACAUCGACGCCAUCCGGCAGGGCAAGGGGCAGUCGGGCAAGAAGUACUCAGCGCGCUACAUCUGUUCCCUCGUAGGCGACUUCCACCGCACACUCCUCUAUGGCGGCGUUGCCAUGAACCCCCGCUCGCACCUGCGCCUGCUGUACGAAGCCAACCCGCUCGCUUUCCUCGCGGAGCAGGCCGGGGGGAAGGGCAGCGACGGAGUGAGGAGGAUUCUGGAUAUCGAGCCGUCAGGGAAGCUGCACGAGCGGUUGCCGCUGUUCCUGGGCAGUCCCGAGGAUAUUGAUGAGCUGGUGGGGUAUGGGGACGUGCAGCAGGUGGUUAACCCGGGGUACGAGCGGGUGAUGGUGAACCCAAGGAAGGAAGGGCACGGUGAUGUGGGUUUGGCUGGACACAGGGCUGGCGUGGCGGAGGUUGUAGGGUGGGAGUGGAAAGAGAGCAGCAUGGAUGGCACAGACACCGCGCUGCGCUGCGAAUGCGAGUGCUCUCGAAGGUUUGACAGCUGGGGGGGUUUCACAGUGAGAGGGGGGCGGGGAGGAUUUCACAACCGAGGCAUGGAGGAGAGAGAGGCAGACGGCGCGUCGGUUUCCAGGUUGGAUGUGGGGCGCGACGGCGGGGAUGGCGGAGCGGUGGGGAGAGGUGCGGAAGGGAGAAGCGCGGAGGAUGGUGGGUCCGCGCGAGGUGCCGUGGUUGCGGAUGAUGGCGUCGCCGCCGCCGCCGCCGACGACGACGAUGACGACGACGACGAGAUUCCGGACGCCGUGCCGCUCCCCGGGUUUGACGCGGACGUGACGGGGAGCAGAGAAGCGGAUGCGGAGGGGGAGGCGGAGAAAGGGGGCGCUGCCGCGGGGCUGGACGACGCAAGGCGACGAGAGGGGGAAGGGGAAGGAGAACCGAGGGUGGCAUCGCAGGCUGGCGGCGGGGAGGAUCCCGCGGGGAGCAGCGCGCGCGAGGCGGUGCCGAUUACGAUCAUCACGGGGUUCCUAGGAGCCGGCAAGACCACCGUAAGGCCCCGCGCCCUCCCGUGCCUUCUGUGCCCUCUCCGCGCCCUUUCCGCGCCCUCUCCGCGCCCUCUCCGCGCCCUCUCCGCGCCCUCUCCGAUUCCCCCCCUUCCACUCCUCCAUUCCCCUCCCCCGCUCACUCCCCACACCCACUCCCCCCGCCCACUUCCUGUUCUUUCCCACACUCCUCUCGGUCCCCCUUCCUGCUUCGACCCCUUGUGCGAGCAGCUAGUGAACCACAUCCUGUCGCAGAAGCACGGGCUGCGCAUCGCCGUGAUUCUCAACGACUUUGGCGACCGCCUGGGCAUCGAGAAGGCGCUCGUGCACCCCAGCCAGGGGACAGCAGCUCAAACAUCCGCCAACGCUGCUGCUGCUGCUGGUGGUGCUGGCGGUGGUGGUGGUGGUGCAGAGGGCGAGGGGGAUGGGGAGGAGCAGCUGAGUGCGUUGGCGGAGGUGCCGGUGGUGGAGGAGUGGGUGGAGGUGGGCAACGGGUGCAUCUGCUGCAGCGUCAAGCACUCCUUCGUGCUCGCCCUCGAACAGCUGCUCACCCGCAGAGACAGGUUUGACUACGUGCUAUUGGAGACCACGGGGUUGGCGGAUCCAGCGCCCAUAAUCGCCAUGCUCUGGAUGGACGAUGCACUAGAAGCCUCCAUCCGCCUCGACGCUCUUAUCACUGUCUCGAGCUCUCCCUCUCCCUCGCCCUCUCCCUCUCCCUCUCCCUCUCCCCUCGCUCUCGCUCUCCCUCUUCCUCUCCCUCUCCCUCUCCCUCUCCCUCGCUCACACUCCUCCCAUGCCCUCGCAUGCCCUCCCCUGCCCUCCCAUUUCGUCCCUGGCCUCUCUCGUUCGCUGCCCUCUCAUGCCCUCGCUCCCCUCAUCCCGCGCAUAUCCUCUCCUUGUGUCUGCUUCUCCCCCUCCAACAUCCCAUCUUGCUGCUUCCUGCUGUCACUGCCCAUUCACCGCCCUUCAUGUUUUACUGCCCUUCAUGUUUUACUGCCCUUCAUGUUUUACUGCCCUUCAUGUUUUACUGCCCUUCAUGUUUUACUGCCCUUCAUGUUUUACUGCCCUUCAUGUUUUACUGCCCUUCAUGUUUUACUGCCCUUCAUGUUUUACUGCCCUUCAUGUUUUACUGCCCUUCAUGUUUUACUGCCCUUCAUGUUUUACUGCCCUUCCCCUCCCUCACCCCACGCCUUGUCAUCCCCACGUCUUCCCCUCCCUCCAUGUCUUGUGCAACCCUCCCUCCAUGUCUUGUGCAACCCUCCCUCCAUGUCUUGUGCAACCCUCCCUCCAUGUCUUGUGCAACCCUCCCUCCAUGUCUUGUGCAACCCUCCCUCCAUGUCUUGUGCAACCCUCCCUCCAUGUCUUGUGCAACCCUCCCUCCAUGUCUUGUGCAACCCUCCCUCCAUGUCUUGUGCAACCCUCCCUCCAUGUCUUGUGCAACCCUCCCUCCAUGUCUUGUGCAACCCUCCCUCCAUGUCUUGUGCAACCCUCCCUCCAUGUCUUGUGCAACCCUCCCUCCGCCCUGUCUCUGUUGCCACCUCCAUCCAUCCUCUCCCGCGCACUCACACUGCUCUCACUCCCUCCGUCCAUGCUGUCCUGUCCAUGCGCUGUGGGAGACACAGUCUCCCACCCUAUCCGGUAUUUAUUGCCAUCUUACCCUAUCCCUCUCCCAUUCUGCAUCCGUUUCUUCCCCUGCUGGGCCCCCCACCACAACCCACCACGCAACACCACAUCCCAUCCCGCUGGGCCCAUCGGCUUCUCUCAUCACCACUCUGCACCCCUCUGCGCGCCCCUGUAUCCCCCCAGCUAGUGGAUGCGCGCAACUUCCAGCGCUGCCUGUCCUCCCCCGCCCACAAUCACUCCAGCGACCUGCCUGCAGCCCAAUCGCACCCGGCUGGCUCACAGACACGGGAAGGGGAGAGGGAGGGGGAGCAAGCGGGGGAUGUGGGCGAGGAGGCGGGGCUGGGUGCGGAGCGGCAGUCAGUGGGGGCGCAUGGGGCGGAGGAGAGGGCGGGGGAGCAGGGGGGGGCCGUGAGUGGACGGGCCGCGAGUGGAUGGGCUGUGAGUGUGCCUCUCUGCCUCUGCGUUUUCCGACACCGGAAUUCCCUCCAAUGCCCCCCAUUCCCUGCAACCCCCUCCCAUUCCCUGCAACCCCCUCCCAUUCCCUGCAACCCCCUCCCAUUCCCUGCAACCCCCUCCCAUUCCCUGCAACCCCCUCCCCUUCCCUUCAACCCCCUCCCCUUCCCUUCUUCUCCCUCCCCCCUGCAUCUCACCUCCCGCUAUGUUUCCCCCUGUCUCCGCACCACAUCCUCCCUCCCCCGGCUCUUCUCCCCCGUCUGUGCUGCAUGCAUGGCAAGGCAGGACGUGGUGAUAGUGAACAAGCUCGACCUGCUGCCACCACAUGAUCAUGAUGCUCCCACACACCCUGAGGCGAGCCCGCAUGAUGCACCACGCACGGAGGGAGACGCGGGGAGGGAGGCAGCAGGGAGGGAGGCAGUGGCAAGGGAGGUGGUGGGGGCAGUGCGGGGCAUCAAUGCGGGGGCGGAGGUGGUGACGGCAGUGCGCUCGCAGGUGGACGUGCGUGCACUGCUCAACCGCGGCCUCUACAGCGCUCAGGUGCUCCUCAUGGCUCUUGAGCGGCUGUGGGACGGAUUUGUGGAUGAGUGGUUAGGCACAGUGCUGUGGGAGGGGGCGUCACAGUACGGAGACAUCUACCGUAUGAAGGGCGCCAUGCACGUCCAAGGGAGCCCUCUGGUGCACGUCUUCCAGGCAGUGAGGGAGCUGUAUGAGGUGCUGCCAGCGCUGCCAUGGCCGGCCGGGGAGGAGCGCCUCAACCGAGUCCUCGUCGUUGGUACGUGCACACUUACUGCUGUGCUGCGUGCGCUCUUUUUAAGCCAUGUGCACUCCCCGCUCAUCGCGCUCACGUUCCCCCCUUCCCUGGCCAUCGCGCUCACGUUCCCCCCUCCCCUGGCCAUCGCGCUCACUUUCCCCCCUCCCCUGGCCAUCGCGUUCACGUUCCCCCCUCCCCUGGCCAUCGCGCUCACGUUCCCCCGUCGACUCGCUAUCUCUCCCGUCGCCUCCUCUCCCCUCCCAUUCCGUCGUUCGCUUCCUUUCCCCUCCCAUCCCGUCGUUCGCUUCCUCUCCCCUCCCAUCCCGUCGUUCGCCUCCUCUCCCCUCCCAUCCCGUCGUUCGCCUCCUCUCCCCUCCCAUCCCGUCGUUCGCCUCCUCUCCCCUCCCAUCCCGUCGUUCGCUUCCUUUCCCCUCCCAUCCCGUCGUUCGCUUCCUUUCCCCUCCCAUCCCGUCGUUCGCCUCCUUUCCUCUCCCAUCCCGUCGUUCGCCUCCUCUCCCCUCCCAUCCCGUCGUUCGCUUCCUUUCCCCUCCCAUCCCGUCGUUCGCCUCCUCUCCCCUCCCAUCCCGUCGUUCGCUUCCUCUCCCCUCCCAUCCCGUCGUUCGCCUCCUCUCCCCUCCCAUCCCGUCGUUCGCCUCCUCUCCCCUCCCAUCCCGUCGUUCGCCUCCUCUCCCCUCCCAUCCCGUUGUUCGCCUCCUCUCCCCUCCCAUCUUUUUCUCGCAGCUCUUCCAUUCGUCGGCCAACAUUCACUCCCAGAUCGUGCAUAUGUGUGUGCGCUGAGUUGUGCCUGUGUGUGA